CCAAAUAGCCAUAGUCACAAGUCAGAGAAUAGGCUUAAUGAGCAGGGCGGGCAAGCACCUUUCAGGAUCCCCUGUUGUGGAGUUGAUGCUGCUCAAGUUGAGUCAGAAGAGGCAGAAGUGGAUGUGAGAGAAAGAGAGACACAGAGAGACAGAGAGCCAAAGAGGGCAAGAGACUUGACUUUAAGAGACUGCUGUACUGACAACUCCAUGCAGUUCGGAACCAGAACGACUCCGGCUGAACCAGGGUUCAUGGGGACAUGGCAAAACGCUGAUACUAACCUCUUAUUCAGAAUGUCCCAACAGGCCAUCCGCUGCACACUGGUGAACUGCACGUGUGAAUGUUUCCAGCCGGGGAAGAUUAGCCUGAGGACUUGCGAUCAGUGUAAACAUGGCUGGGUGGCACAUGCCUUGGAUAAGCUCAGCACGCAGCACCUCUACCACCCCACCCAAGUGGAGAUCGUGCAGUCCAACGUGGUGUUUGACAUCAGCAGUCUGAUGCUCUACGGGACGCAGGCGGUGCCUGUGAGGCUCAAGAUCCUGCUGGACCGUCUCUUCAGCGUCCUGAAGCAGGAGGAGGUGCUGCACAUCCUGCACGGCCUGGGCUGGACCCUGCGUGACUACGUCCGGGGGUACAUCCUGCAGGAUGCUGCCGGCAAGGUGCUGGACCGCUGGGCCAUCAUGUCUCGAGAAGAGGAAAUCAUCACCCUUCAGCAGUUUCUGCGGUUCGGAGAAACCAAAUCCAUUGUGGAGCUGAUGGCCAUUCAGGAGAAAGAGGGGCAGGCCGUAGCUGUACCGUCUUCAAAGACAGACUCAGACAUCAGAACUUUCAUUGAGAGUAAUAAUCGCACCAGGAGUCCCAGCCUCCUUGCCCAUCUAGAGAACAGCAACCCUUCCAGCAUUCAUCACUUUGAAAACAUCCCCAACAGCCUCGCCUUCCUGCUGCCAUUCCAGUACAUAAACCCGGUCUCAGCCCCGCUGCUAGGAUUGCCUCCCAAUGGGUUGCUGUUGGAGCAACCAGGACUGAGGCUGCGGGAACCCAGCCUUUCGACCCAGAAUGAAUAUAACGAGAGCAGUGAAUCUGAAGUGUCUCCCACACCCUACAAGAACGACCAGACGCCCAAUAGAAACGCCCUGACCAGCAUUACUAAUGUGGAGCCCAAAACUGAGCCAGCCUGCGUGUCCCCCAUUCAGAAUUCCGCCCCGGUCAGUGACCUGUCCAAAACCGAACACCCAAAAAGCUCAUUCCGGAUCCACCGGAUGAGAAGGAUGGGGUCAGCGUCUAGGAAAGGAAGAGUGUUCUGUAACGCGUGUGGGAAGACGUUCUAUGACAAAGGUACUCUCAAAAUCCAUUAUAACGCUGUUCACCUGAAGAUCAAACAUCGGUGCACCAUCGAAGGUUGCAACAUGGUCUUUAGCUCCCUCCGAAGCCGUAACCGUCAUAGUGCGAACCCUAACCCUCGCCUUCACAUGCCUAUGCUAAGGAACAACCGAGACAAAGAUUUAAUUCGGGCCACAUCAGGGGCUGCCACCCCCGUCAUAGCAAGUACAAAAUCAAAUCUCACACUCACAAGCCCUGGCCGGCCCCCAAUGGGUUUUACCACUCCCCCACUAGACCCCGUCUUACAGAAUCCUCUCCCUAGCCAGCUGGUGUUUUCUGGGCUAAAGACUGUCCAACCAGUUCCUCCGUUUUACAGAAGUUUACUCACUCCGGGGGAAAUGGUGAGUCCUCCAACCUCCCUCCCGACCAGUCCCAUCAUUCCAACCAGUGGUACCAUAGAGCAGCUCCCCCCAUUACCCUCUGAGCCAGCAGCGCCAGUAGUGAUGAUGGCCACUCAUGAGCCCAGUGCCGACCUGGCGCCCAAGAAGAAGCCCAGGAAGUCCAGCAUGCCUGUGAAGAUCGAGAAGGAAAUUAUCGAUACUGCCGAUGAGUUUGACGAUGAAGACGACGACCCCAAUGACGGCGGAGCUGUGGUCAACGAUGGGAGCCAUGACAAUCACUGCCACUCGCAGGAGGAAAUGAGUCCAGGCAUGUCUGUGAAGGACUUUUCUAAGCAUAGCAGGACCCGGUGCAUUUCAAGGACUGAAAUAAGAAGGGCCGACAGCAUGACUUCCGAGGACCAAGAACCUGAGCGGGACUACGAGAACGAGUCUGAGUCUUCGGAGCCCAAAGUAGGUGAGGAAUCCAUGGAAGGGGAUGAGCACAUGCACGGCGAGGUGAGCGAGAAAGUCCUGGUGAACAGUGAGAGGCCGGACGAGGACCACAGUGAGCCCUCUCACCAGGACGUCAUCAAGGUGAAGGAAGAGUUUACAGAUCCCACUUAUGACAUGUUUUACAUGAGCCAGUACGGACUGUACAACGGCGGGGCUGCCAGCAUGGCAGCCCUGCACGAGAGUUUUACAUCAUCUCUGAAUUACGGCAGCCCUCAAAAGUUCUCCCCGGAAGGUGAUCUGUGUUCUAGCCCAGACCCCAAAAUCUGUUACGUGUGCAAGAAGAGCUUCAAAAGCUCCUACAGCGUGAAGCUUCACUACAGGAACGUUCACUUGAAAGAGAUGCACGUCUGCACGGUGGCUGGCUGCAACGCCGCCUUCCCCUCUCGCCGAAGCAGAGACAGACACAGUGCCAACAUCAAUCUCCAUCGUAAACUGUUGACCAAAGAACUCGAUGACAUGGGCCUGGACUCAUCGCAGCCCUCCCUUAGCAAGGACCUCCGGGAUGAAUUUUUGAUGAAGAUCUAUGGUGCCCAGCACCCCUUGGGGCUCGACGUCAGGGAAGACGCCUCCUCUCCCGCGGGGACAGAAGACUCCCACCUGAACGGGUACGGGCGGGGCAUGGCGGAGGACUACAUGGUCCUGGACCUGAGCACCACCUCCAGCCUCCAGUCCAGCAGCAGCAUCCAUUCCUCCAGAGAAUCCGACGCAGGCAGCGACGAGGGGAUCCUCCUGGAUGACAUCGACGGGGCGAGUGACAGUGGGGAGUCGGCGCACAAGGCCGAGGUCCCCACCCUCGCUGGCAGCCUCGGGGCUGACGUUUCGGGAUCUCUGAUGUUCAACAGCUUGUCCGGGAGCAAUGGUGGGAUCAUGUGCAACAUUUGCCACAAGAUGUACAGCAACAAGGGGACCCUGCGAGUGCACUACAAAACCGUGCAUUUGCGAGAAAUGCACAAGUGCAAAGUCCCCGGUUGCAAUAUGAUGUUCUCCUCUGUGCGAAGCCGGAAUCGGCACAGUCAGAACCCUAAUCUCCACAAAAACAUUCCCUUCACUUCGGUAGAUUAG